AUUUUAUUUUUAUUUUUAAUUUUUUUGUCUGUGUUUUGUGUUGCCAACGUUGCCGUAGCCGAUGAAGCCGCCGAUGUUCCGCCGUCUGAGGCUAAAAGUCUUCUCACCUCCGAUUACCGAUUACCGAUCCACAGUAGACCGUUAACAAGAGAGGGCCCAGCGAGUGGCGUCAUCCUACGGACAUUUAUGUACAUUUUGGAAAUGCCAACCCCAUUAGAGUGUAAAAACGGAAAAUAUUCAAUCCAGAAGAGCAACAACAUCACCAGGAGACGCCGUCGCCAUUAGAGUGCGCGCAGCGGAAACCAGAAGAAUCCGGAGAGGAGAGUCAUCCCCGCGCCAGAGAAGCGAACGAGAAUAAGAUUGAGGGUCUCAGCGUUACGCCUUCUCAGCAGAAACGGUUCGUCGGUCGGCCGAGGAGUGUGCGAGCAGGAGGGCGCCGCGAAAAGCCGCUGACUACAACAGAAUUGCCAAAUGGAGACGAAAAAUCCACCUCCGGUGACGAGCAGUUACCACCACCAGAGGGCGCCACGCACACCGGAGUCCUACUUCAAUGUCCCGGAAUCGGUAGCUCUGCUGAACAUUGUAAAGUCGGAGAGGAUACAAAGUGCCUUCCAAUCAAACCGGAAGAAUCAUGCCAGCGUGUGGGAGAUGGUGGCCGAGGUGCUGAACCGGUUCAGUACCCGGAAACGGACAGCCAAGCAGUGCUGCAAUCGCUACGAGAAUCUAAAGAAGAUCUACACGCAGCUGAAGAAGAACCCGGAACGGCAUGUGCGGCGCAACUGGCCGUACAUGUUCUUGUUCAAGGAGAUCGAGGAGCAGCGUGGCGAAUGCUGGGGCUCCAAUGGGAAGCGGUUGGCCCUGACCUCCAAGAACCACAAUGAGCUCUCCUACUACCAGCGGCGGCGGCAAGCGGCCGAGCUGGGGGUACUGCUCAACAAGGACAACCUUACGCCGCAUCAGCACAGCCUGCUGCAGAGCCUCUCGCAGAGUCACUCCCAGUCGCACGCCCACUCCACGGACUCCUCGCAGAGCGGAGCCAGCAAGCUGGAGCGCUAUCUCCCAAAUCACUUUGUGGAGGCGCAACUAAACGAUGUGGCCUGUACCGGUGGCGUUGGCGGAGUGGGGGGUUCGGUGAGUGGACCCGGCGGCGUCUACGACGAGAGUCCCCUCCAGCUUCAGGUGGCGGCAGCUGCCGCGGCCGCUGCUGCUGUGGCGCAGAAGCUCCAGAUGGGCGGAGGCGGCGUACCGCUGGCAACUGAGGAGGACGACGAAGACGAGCCCCAGAAUGCUGCAUUUAAGGAUCACAUCCAUGGUCACAGUCUUGGCCACGGGCACGGUCUGGGCCACGGUCAGAUGGAGGAUCCCGGCGAAACGCCUGGCUUCGAAAAGGACUGCAACGGAGCCCUCAACUUGCACCACCAGAACAACAGCCACAACGACAACAACAUAUCCAUGAAAUCCGAACCCCUUUCAGAGGGGGAAUUCAAUCCGGAUGACAUCCAGCUGAUGCAAACAAACUACAAUGGAACACAAAACUAUUACACAGCAGGCUUGGACCCAAACAUCCUGCACCCGGACGUGAUCGUGGAUACGGACAAUCGUUCCGACUGCACGUCCUCCACCUCACAGAAGAAGAGGCGCAAGCUGUCCACCUCAACGGACGGCGAUAGCACCAACUACGAGCUCAUUGAGUACCUUAAGAGGCGUGAGAAGAGGGACGAGGAGCUGCUCAAGCGGAUGGAUGCCCGGGAGGAGCGGUUAAUGAACCUGCUUGAACGGACAGUGGUGGCCUUCGAGACCCUGGCCGCGGGGCGACUACUGCCGUCGUCGACAUCCACACCGUCGCCACCGCCUCCUCCUCUUUUGACUGGGCCAGCUAUAGUGCCAGUUCCAAUAGUGACCUUGAAAAAACCUGCGACCACGGCACCCGAAGAGACGGCCAGCACAGUAGUCCUGCCCGAAUCGCCAACCAAGUCCGCAGAGCAGCCAGAUAGUGGCAAUGUCGCAGAAACUUCCGAUAACGCUGUUGUCGAGAUUCCCGACGACGUGGAUGAGAGCGAGAGUCCCGCGAUAACGCGUGCAGCUGGCUCGCCAGGUGGUCAGAAGGACGACGAUGAACGGCACACGUAGGACAAAAACGCCGCAGAAACCAUACGUAUAGAUGCUCACUAGAUCUACUUAAGCCUCCACCUAAGUACGUACAUGUACAUGUAUACACGUAUACUCUCCUCCGACUGGGGGAGAACCAAGUGCCAAAGACGAGCCGAGUCUCGAAUUUCUGUUGAGAUUUCCACACUCCUCUAGAGAGAAAGCCAAAUUGAGGACAAAGUGUGGCAAACCUAAUGUUUGUGCCAGCGAGAACAAUAUACUUUUAAAUACUUUAACUUAACUUAAGAUUCAGAGCGAGGGCAAGAAAGCGCGCCUCAUCCCACCCAAGAUGCCCGACGAAUCUCAAGGCGCCGCGGAUCUGCUCCAGCCACCCGAAGGAACAAGCUAGCUGAACUGCAAAGGGGCUCAAAUGCAUUUGUGCAGGAA